AUGGAAUAUUCCCGGCGAAUGCGGCAGUACAGGGUCGGCCUUGUGACAUCAGCAAAUGGAAACCGUAUACUCCCUCGGUGCGCAAGAACCGUUUGUUCAACUGGCUUGAAAUAG